UGACUGACCCUGCGACCAGGGCGAGGGGGACGUAGGUGAUCGGGUUCCAGCGGAGAGAGAACGGCAAACUUGGGACUCUCAAGAGGCGGGUCUGGCUGAUACACAGAAACCCUCCGCACCUCGGAGCUGGGAGGACCAGAAGCUGGAGUGCCUCUCAGGAUACAGUCAAGAGAAAAGUCUCCAAAACAGAGUGCCUGAAGCAAGGGAUGGCACUGGCCUUGAUCCACCCUAGCAAGCGUGCAUACUCUUUGGCUCCCCUGAAUCUGAAGGAGGAGCUUCAGGGAUUCAAAGUUCAAGGGGACAGAAAAGGCGUUGGGCAGGAGCCAUUGUGCAAACAGUUCAGGCAGCUGCGCUAUGAGGAAAGCACUGGACCUCGAGAGGUUUUACGCCGGCUCAGGGAGCUCUGCAGACAGUGGCUGCGGCCUGAGACCCACAGCAAGGAGCAGAUCCUGGAGCUGCUGGUACUGGAGCAGUUCCUGACCAUCCUGCCAAGAGAUCUGCAGGUCCAGGUGCUCGAGCACCACCCAGAGACUGGGGAGGAACUGGUGGGAAUACUGGAAGAUUUGCAGCUGGACCGUGGAAAAGCAGGAGAGCAGAAGGACUCAGCCCAAAGAAGCAGACCAACGGUGCUGGUUGGCGAGCCAGCCCCUCGCAGGGAAGCACAGGAGCAGCCUGGGUGUGCGCUUCCUCAGAAGCCUGAGGAGAGAGGUAAAGAGACAAGGAGUGAGAAUGGGAAGCUCAUUGCAGGGACAGACUCUUGUGAAAGAAUGGAAUCAUAUUGUACCAUGAUUGAACCCAUUGAGGCCCAGUGUGAGGACCUGAGCUUGAAAAAGAAUCCAGCCAUGCCCAAGGAAAAAACUAACAGCCAAUGCUUGGGAACUACGGAGAGACUUGUUCAGAACUCAGGCCUGAUUGAACAUGACAGGGCACAUACAGGAGAAAUGUCCCGGGAAUCUGUAGGAUCUCAGAGUUCUGUUGCUGCUGACCAUCAGGAAGUCUCUAAAGACAAAGGCCAUCCCUGCCAGGAGUGCGGGAAAGUCUUUCAGAGAAGUUCACACCUCAUCAGACAUCAGAAAAUCCAUCUUGGGGAGAAGCCUUACCAGUGCAAAGAGUGUGGAAAAGUCUUUAGCCAAAAUGCAGGUCUUUUGGAGCAUCUCAGGAUCCAUACUGGAGAAAAACCCUAUCUGUGUAUUCAUUGUGGAAAGAACUUCAGGCGAAGCUCUCAUCUUAAUCGACACCAAAAAAUUCACAGUCAGGAUGAGCCCCGAGAAUGCAAGGAGUGUGGGAAAACCUUUAGUCGGGCCCUCCUCCUCACCCACCAUCAGAGAGUCCAUGGUCGUUCCAAAAGACAUCACUGUAACGAGUGUGGGAAAGCCUUCAGCUUGACCUCCGACCUUAUUCGACAUCAUAGGAUUCACACUGGGGAAAAACCUUUCAAAUGUAACGUGUGUCAGAAAGCUUUCCGCCUAAAUUCACACUUAGAUCAGCAUGUUAGAAUCCACAAUGAAGAAAAACCUUACAAGUGCAGUGAAUGCAAUGAAGCCUUCAGGCAGAAGUCUGGUCUCUUUCAGCAUCAGAGACAUCACCAUAAAAGCAAACUGGCUUGAUGAGGUUCUCUGUUUGAAAUAUCAAAAUGUUACAUUCAUAAGCAAACAGCGCCUUUUGAAAGAACUCACGACGGCUUCAGGAUUCUUGGAAGCCAUUUGCCUCCGUUGCGCCCCUCUCUUGGCUUUACUUAAAGCCAUAAGUAGACUAUAAUAAUUUACCAGAAUAGCAGAAUCAGAGUUAAACAAGUAUUCACUACAGAACUUCUCAGAGCUUUCGAUGUGAUACGUACAUGAUUAUUUAUCUCUUAAGUAUUAGCUUUAUGUGUGAAUGAAGUGUUUGAAAUCAGUAAGUCAAGUGCCUAUAGAUUUAUACAGAACAAGAUCAAGCUGAUAUUUUUGUAAGUACUGUAGCAACAGGCUCCUAAAACAUAAAAUUAAUGAGGGUUGGGGAGAUGGCUCAGUGGUUUAACCAAGUUGCUAUGCAAGUGGAAGGACUGUUUUGGAUCCCCAGCACCCAUGUAAAGUCAAAUGAGUAUGUGGCCAGCCUGUGGCCUGUGGUCCCACCCCUCAGGUGGCAAAAAUGGGAUCUUUAGAGCAAGCUGGCUAGCCAGACUAGCUGUAUCAGCAAACUUUGGACUCAGGGGAGGGAGUUUGGAGAGCAGUUGGUGGAGUUCUUGAGGAAGACUCCUGAUGAUAAUCUAAGUGCACGUGUCCAUACACAUGUAGAGCCAUACCCGCAAACAUCAUACAUGUGAAAAGACAAAUCCUAAGGAGCUAGAGUUAGCAGUUAACAUAUCUGCUCUUGCAGAGGACCCAUCCAUUUUCAGUUCCUAGCACCUCCAUAGCACAGUGUCUCAGUUCCAGUUCUGGGGAUCUGCUGGCCUUCUCAGGCUUCUGUACACAGUGGUCCACAGAAACUGGUGGACACACACACAACUGGUAAGAUAUUUUUAAGCCCAAAAUAAAUCUAAUAAUGCUUAGAAAUACACAUUCUCAAGGGUCUAACAUAGGUUAACUGAACAUUUUCCCUAUUAGGUUCACACACACACUGGCUGCAUAGCCACUUUACCCAUGUACCGUCAGUGAAUGCAUUUCUGAAAGCUUUUGCUGUUUAACUAUAGAACCUACCCUUAGGAUUAGCUCAUGUCAUUUUACAUUUCCUGCCUAUUUUAACCACAGUAUCACAGUGUUUCAAAUUAUAAAUCAAGGUUUUACCUAAACUAUGCAAGAGACUUUGAGUCAUUUGAGUGAACUGUGUUGACGUAUUCUAAGCAGCGACCUCCUUACUGGGCAGCAACAGUGCCAGUACAGUGAUUGCUUGAAGGACACCUUUUUUUCAUGAAUGUCCCAUGGGGGAAAAUGGGGUUUUCCCCCUUUGAUACCAAUGAUGCAAAUUUAAAUGAUACUUGUUUUGAUAUCAUUUUGACCAUUCAAAUCAAAUCAGCUGGGAGAGAUCAUGCCAUCAGGUCACAUGGACUGUCUUGCUAGUGAUGGAAAGUAAGCUCGGGGUCUUCCCAAGCCCAGCACCCGACCGCUAACCAUGGCUUGUGGUUGGUAAUUGCACAGGGUGUACUUCUCAGGGAAAGGGCUUCUUAAGUUAUGCCGCUUUGGGAAGAGAAGGGGACCCUUGUAGUGACUACAAGUUGGUUUCACUACACUUGGCUUACAAAUAAGCCAAGAACUUAGCAACAUAGAAAUGUUAUUUUGCUUGUCCGAUAGAGAAGGAUAGAGUGAGUCAGUCCAAGACAGAUCCAUGGUAAACCUAGUCAGCUUGCUGCCAGUCAUGUCUAAGGAGGGGACAGGCCAAGGACUGCUAGGCACCUAGGCGCAAUUCUGACAUUAAUCUUCCGUUUCAUUCCCACCCACCCUUUUUUUUUUUUUUUUUUUUGGUUUUUCGAGACAAGGAUUCUCUGUGUAGUCCUGACUGUCCUGGAACUCACUUUGUAGACCAGGCUGGUCUCGAACUCAAGAAAUCCGCCUUCCUCUGCCUCCCAAGUGCUGGGAUUACAGGCGCGCGCCACCACAUCUGGCUCGUUUCAUCCCCUUUUAACCAAGCUUUGCUCUGCACAAAAUAAGGCCCUCUUCCCUUGUUAAGAUUUUGGCCUAAGAUACACUCUAAGCAAAAUUGGGGAGAGCUGCACAAAGGGACUGGCUGAACUGAGAAGAACCUCUCUUGGACCUUUUGCCCACACUAUGCAUGUGAUAGUUGCAACUUCAGCAGUCAUAUGGCCUUAAAAACUGAUGGCAUGGACCAAGGUUAGGUCCUCAACACCACGCAAAAUAACAGUGUUAGCAUGUGAUCAGUCUCCUUCAUGUUUAACUCCUACCCACACCAAACGUGCAUGUAACAGGCCAGUAACCCGUGUAACUCCUAAGCCUCAGAAGAAACACUGUCUUAGAACAUGCUUUACAUCUGUACUGUGGAACAUUCUUUUAUGCAUCACUGUUUGUGUGAAAGUGAUGUCCCUUUUCUGGCCUUUCUCUUAGCUUCUCCUUUUACUUCCAAACAGCAUGGCCCUUAAAAAUUAGAGAACUUAUCAAAAUUUUAAAUGCACAUUACUCUUCGUCAGUUUGUGUGUGUAAUAUUUACUCAACAGAUAUAUUUAAAGCAACAUAAAAACAUAAUUAUUGAUAGUGUAAAGAAAAAUUUUUCUAUGGAAAUAGUGAUACUGACAGUAUUGUAAACAGUCUGUAAAGUGUUAAUAAAGUUUCAAAGUAAUUUUUGAAUAAAGCUAUAAAAAGAAAGUAAAGAUUUUUAAAUGGUGUUUCCUACAGCAUUACUUAAUAAAGAAUGUAACUAAA